AUGAAGGACUUCCUCAGGCCUGGAUCCUGUGUGCGCUUUCAGUUGCGAGCCAGCUGGCUCUUUUGUGUGCCCCCCAAGCCUGCACUCUGGGCGCUCCUGCUGGCGCUGCUGGGGACGGCGCCAAGCCGCGCCCAGUCCCCCGCCUGCAGCGUCCCCGACGUGCUCCGCCACUAUCGCGCCAUCAUCUUCGAGGAUCUGCAGGCCGCCAAGAGGUGGGGCGGGGCGGGGGCCGAAAGGACCAGGCCAGGCUCCAGACACUUUCAUUUCAUGCAGAAAAACCCGACUCGACCCGGGGGCUCGGGACGGCGGCGACGGCCUGGGGCCUCCUGCGGCGCCCAGAAGGAGCACAGUAUCCUCCUGUCCAUCUCGUCCCUGGGUCGGACUCUGCGCCGGGCGGUGACCGGGGGCCGCCGCGGGGCCCUGGAGAGAGCGGCUUGGACGGCGGCUGUGCGCACCGAGGCGGUGAUGCGGCGCCACUGCAGGACGCUGCGCCAGGUGUGCGCGCCUCCCCCAACCCCGCGGGGGCUCCACCGGCCUAGGCUGGGGUCGGGCCGGGCGUCGCCUCCCUUCCCGGACCGGGCUGGGCGCGGGGGCCGUGCGCAUUCGCUGACCGCCCUGUCCCCGACAGCGGAGCCGGCGGCCCGAGAGGCGCCGUGCCCGGCGUCGCGGCGGCCGGAGGCAGCUCCUGCUGCGCGCCCUGGACGCCGUCGCCACCUGCUGGGAGAAGCUCUUCGCGCUGCGCGCCGCGGCCUCCGGGGGCUCCUAGCGCGGCCCGCCCCGGCCCUGCCUCCAGCGAGCGCCCCGCGUGGGAGAAGCAGCGGGGCCGCGGCAGAUCAUGUCGACCUGUUGGCGACCUCGGCCCCUCGCUCGACGCAGCCCGCGUGCCCCGGAGGGCCCGGGGCUUGGGGAAAGCGCGCCCGGCCGCCGCUGGGUCUCGGAGGAGCGCGCCCUCCCCGCGCCGGAGGCCUCAAUAAACGGAGCUGGCGCCGCGGUCCUGCACUCCCUUCGCACGCGUCUGUGGCCUGGGGCCGCCGGGUCUGCGCCUCCACGGCGGGGAGCGGUGGAGGGGAACGCGGGACCGGCACUUCCCGUCGCACCUGGACGGGGCGGAGCCGCCGCUCCCAGCCUCGGGCAGCAGAGGGCGGGCGCGGGACGCUGGGCGCGCUCCGGCUCGGUGCGCUGCUCGCUGCUCGCUGCUCGCGGCUGGGCGGAGAGCAGAUCGGGGGACUCCUGGGGCCCCUAAAACGUCACGUAUCCGUCCUGCUCCGCUUUGGACCGGGGCAGGGGGUGGAAAUUGAGGGGAGGGGAAGGCUGGACUUGGUGAAUUCGGAGCAAAACAACCGGAUAAAGGAAACGGGCCCGAAGGGAAGCGGGAGCUGCGGGCCCUGGCUGUGA